AUGUCCGACAGACCAACGUAUCGAGGUGGACGCGGCGGCGGCGGCGGCGUCCGCGGUGGCCGGGGCGGAGCAGGCGGCCGUGGGGGAGCUGCCGCCGACAAGGGCGAGCGGCCCAAGAAGGAAAACAUUCUCGACCUGGCAAAGUACAUGGACAAGCAGAUCAACGUCAAGUUCAACGGCGGGCGUGAAGUCAAGGGCACGCUCAAGGGCUACGACGCUCUCAUGAACCUUGUCCUCGACGACGUCCAGGAGACAGUCCGCGACGACGAAGGAAACGAAUCCACCCGACCCCUCGGCCUCGUCGUCGCCCGCGGCACCCUCCUCGUCGUCAUCACCCCCGUUGACGGCAGCGAGCCCAUCGCCAACCCCUUUGCGCAGCCCGACGAGGCAUCUUGA